CACCCACCCAAACACCGCCGUUGAAACCUCCAGUUCUCAGCGGAAACACAGCAACCUGCUCAACCGUCUCCACUAGCUCUCGACCAAGAUGGACGUCGCCGACGCCGCCUCCUCAUCUGGCCAGGAGCAGCAGGGGCACAGGACGGUGUCGUCUGAGCCGCCGAAGCGCCCCGCGGGGCGGACCAAGGUGCAUGAGACGCGCCACCCGCUGUACCGCGGCGUGCGGCAGCGGGGCCGGGUCGGGCAGUGGGUGUGCGAGGUGCGCGUGCCCGGGGUGAAGGGCUCCAGGCUCUGGCUCGGCACCUUCGCCACCGCCGAGAUGGCGGCGCGCGCGCACGACGCAGCCGUGCUCGCGCUCUCCGGCCGCGCCGCCUGCCUCAACUUCGCCGACUCCGCGUGGCGCAUGCUGCCCGUGCUCGCGGCCGGGUCGUUCGGCUUCGGCAGCGCGCGCGAGAUCAAGGCGGCCGUCGCCGUCGCCGUCGUGGCUUUCCAGAAGGAGCAGAUUAUCCCAGUCGCCGUCGCCGUCGUGGCGCUACAGAAGCAGCAGAUUAUCCCAGUCGCCGUCGCCGUCGUAGCGCUCCAGAAGCAGCAGAUUCCAGUCGCCGUCGCCCUGGUGGCGCUCCAGGAACAGCAGGUCCCAGUGGCUGUCGCCGUCGUGGCGCUCCAUCGGCAGCAGGUUCCAGUCGCGUGCCCGGCAACCUCCGGCCCGGGCAGCGCUCUGUUUUACAUGUCGUCCAGCGACUUGUUGGAGCUGGACGAGGAGCAGUGGUUUGGCGGCAUGGAGGCCGGGUCGUACUACGCGAGCUUGGCGCAGGGGAUGCUCGUGGCACCGCCGGACGAAAGAGCGAGGCCGGAGGACGGCGAGCAGAGCGGCGUCCAGACGCCGUUAUGGAGCCAGAGCCACCUGUUCAACUAAUUUAGCAGUGUAAAGCUGUACCAUAGAUAGCAUCUUGUUCCUUCGUUGUACUUCAUUGUACUACUAUAAGCUCCCGGUUUGAGUAUUUGUGACGUAGGGGAUUCGCCUUCUUCCUGAUUUGGGAAAAACAGAGUAGGUGGUGUGUUCCUUCAUUCAUAGUAGUAGUGUUUGUCAAGUUCC